UUGGUCACAUUUGCUCUAGAUUUUGCUUGUCAGAGUUUGCAAACACUCUAAGAAGUUAUUUGCCACUAUGAUGACCGGAGGCUUAAGCGAGAGUAAGCCUGCAACUCCAGAAAUCCAAAAGAUUGCUGACCAGGUGAAGUCACAGCUGGAACAGAAAGAGAAUAAGAGAUAUGCAAUCUUUGAAGCCAUUGAAUAUAAAAGUCAGGUGGUUGCUGGAACAAACUACUUCAUUAAGGUUUCUGUCAGCGACAGCACUGAAGAGUGUGUGCACCUGAGGGUGUUCAAAAGCCUUCCCCAUGAGAAGAAGGAGCCCAGUCUUACUGCCUAUCAGACUGGCAAAACCAAAUGUGAUGAACUUACCUACUUUGAAUGAUCUGCUUGGAAUGGGCUCUUCUGCUGCUCUUUCUACAGAGUCCCGGCUCAUAAUGCUCGUGCCAAUACACGACUGAAAAUAAAAGGAAUCUGAUUUUCAAACCAAA